UCCCACCUUGAGCGUCGAGGCUGAAGCAGAGGAGCUGCAGGCUCCUCCGCCUCAGUGAGGAGCAGACUGAGUCCGGAUCCCUCUGACAGCAGCAGACGGCUCCUCCCCGCUCCUCACCCGUCUGCCACGCAAACUCAGCAUCCACAUCUCCACGCGCGCGCGCGCAGGCUGCUGUGCGGGAGCGGGCGCCGGAGCUCAGCUGCGUGCUGCGAUUGAGGAGGACCUGGCUGCUCCUGCUGCUGUCGGCGUAAGACGGAUCCGUGAUGAGAGGGAGGAGAGGCGGCCGCCUCCCGUCUGUGUGGACCGGGGACGAGCGGGACAUCAGCCUCCGCAUCCUGCGCUCCUGAGAUCGAGCCCAGCCUUCCGCGGAGAUGUACUGUGAACUGCAUUUGGUUUUUGCUUCUCCAGUUGAGCUGCAGCAGCAGACAAAGACUGCUUUUCUUGAUGCCCUUGUCAUUACACAGCUUGCACAGACACAUCUUGUCCGGAGCUAAACUCCUGUCUCGCUCCUGCCUGCCGGUCUCCACUCUUCGGUCUGUUGCCAUGGCUUGUUUCCUCACAUCAGCGUUUCUUCUGGCUCUCCAGACAUAUGCUGCCCCAGCUGAGUUUGUUCAGGCAAGCUUUGCAAUGACACAAGACUCCAUGGACCUUGAUCCUGAUCUGCCAUCCAACAUCUCUGAAGAAGUGACCUCGUCUCCACCCCCAGGAACGAACAAGCAAAUCCCUCAAAGUAUCAUCAUUGGGGUACGAAAAGGAGGCACAAGGGCACUGUUGGAGAUGCUGGACAUCCACCCUGAUGUUGCUGCUGCCGCCACAGAGGUUCACUUCUUUGACUGGGACGAGAACUAUGCCAAGGGCCUAGAGUGGUACAGAGACUUGAUGCCCUACUCUUAUCCUCACCAGAUCACCAUCGAGAAAACUCCCGGCUAUUUUACAUCAGCUCUUGCUCCAGAGCGCAUUCGUGCCAUGAACUCAUCCAUUAAACUGCUACUGAUUUUGCGAGACCCGACUGAGCGGGUCAUCUCCGACUACACCCAGGUGUACUUCAACCGCCUGGAGAACCACAAGCCAGUACAAGCCAUCGAGAACCUGUUAGUGCGCAACGGAGCCCUGAACACUCGAUACAAGGCCAUUCAGAGGAGCAUGUAUGACAUCCACAUGCGCAACUGGCUGCAGCACUUCUCUCUGGAACAGAUACACAUAGUGGAUGGGAAUGCACUGAUCCAAGAUCCCCUGCCAGAGCUUCAGAAGGUGGAGCGCUUCCUCAAUCUGCCUCCAAGGAUAAUAUCCUCCAACUUCUACUUCAACCAGACCAAGGGGUUUUACUGCAUCCGCAGUGAUGGGCGGGAGCGCUGUCUGCACGAGUCCAAGGGACGUCCUCACCCCACUGUUAACAGCACAGUCUUGCAGCAGCUCCGCUCCUACCUGCACGAGCACAACCGAACCUUUUUCAGGCUGGUGAAGCGCACAUUUGACUGGCAAUGACCACAAACCAGCUUAAGCAGAGCCACUCUGCAGCCAGUAAUGAGAGCAGGAACAGGCUUUAAAGCACUUUACUUACAAACUGACUUUCAGUCUUGCAAUGUCUGGUAUUGAACAGUUCUAUAAUUACACAGUAAGGGCAAACAUGAAGAGGAAUAAGGAGACCGAAUGGACCUCCAUGCUGAAAGCAUUUGCCUGUAAGGGAAGUAUUUAAGUUGUCAAAAUGCAGUGAACUGAAAACCCUGCCCCACCUAUUGUUUGAUAUUCUUGUUCUUGAUAAUAAAUUGUUCUGUUUUAAAAUGUACAGGAAAUGUGACAUGUCUUUGCUUCACCAUCGUGGUCAGUAAGGACAGCCAGCCCUUGGCGUGCUGCGGUGUUAAGCAGACAUUAAUAUGAGGAAAUAGGCCCCUGGAGCAGCACUUUGGUGCUACAGGACUCACAAACUGCUUUUCACUGAAGGCAGUUUCUGCUUUGAGCUAAAUCAGUCAAAUCUUCACAGUCUGCUCACUCAGCACAGAUCUUUUCUUUUGUUUUGGUGUUGUUCUGAGUUUGUUCCGGUAUUAAAAGCAGCCAUUAAAUUCUAAGCAGAACAUUGUUCUAAAUUAUUUACACAUGGCAUUCUGUAGUUCCUGCAGUAUCCAUGCUUCUCCUCAUCUAGUCUCAUUUCUGAAUUUCACAGUUUGUCAUUCUCUGCACAACAAGCAGCCAUGGUCAUGUUUCUCUCAUUGAUCAGACUUUAGGCAGCAGCCAAAGCUCCAGCUCCACUGGGAUCUGAUAUUCAUGUCAUCUCCUUGCUCUGUCUGAUGGAAUGAGCAGUCCUGCCCUCUCGGGGCAAACGCUCAUGGAUGCAGCACUGGAUCCAUACCCAUUGCAGAACAUGGGAGGGAGUCUGAAGCUCUGGGCAAUUCAGAAAUGCUCUGAUUAUUUAUGUGAGCCAGCCAUGGGUGACCUUCGGUUUUUGCGUUUUAAUU